CACUAAUUACAUGUAUGUAGAAGUAGCAUCUUAGGUGACCGGACCCUGUAUGUAUGAAUAUUGAAUUGAAUAUCCUGUAUCUAGUAGUAAGCCUAAACCUUGGACCAUGAUGUAAUAAUUUUUCUUCUUUUGACUUUGUGCUGCUAAAUCACAACAAUAUUUACAAAGUUAUCAUUUAUCAAGAAUCAGGUCCACCACCUUUCUUGACUAUCCAACCAAUUUGGCGGAGCAAUUCUGAAAACAAGGAACAAAUUAGGGAACCCAAAUAAAUAUAUUACUUGAUAAUUAAGAUUUUUAUUUUUAUUUUUAUAUUCAAAAAAAGAGUCAACACAUCCAAAGGCAGAGAGAGAGAGAGAGAGAGAGAGAGAUGCUCCAUCUGUCUUACUCUGGUUAAUAAGUGAGAGUGAGUGCAGAUACAAUAAACGUUGAAAAGGAUUGUACGUAUUAAAUAGGUUGUUGCUUGCAUUUGCAGUUGAGCUGGUUCUUGUUUUGUUUGUUCCCUUCUCCUACAUUUUCCUUCUUUAUUUCUUUUUUCCUUGUCAUUUUUUUGGCUACUAAUAAUUAUUGCCACAAAUUAAAUCAUAUUCUAAAGCCACCCCUCUCUACCACCCUCCACCUUCACCACCUACUGUUCUCUCUCUCCCUCCCUUAUUUUAGUGAUUUUUCAAGAAAAUAAAAUCUGGGUUUUGCUAAAAAUUGAAUCUUUUGGGGCACCAAAAAAUGGGUAAUAAAUUCAUUUGUAUGAGCAAGAAGGAUAUGAAGAAUGGUGGGAUUGGAUCAAAAAGCAAAAGGGGUGGUUCAAUUUCAAAGCGGCGGAGCUCAAUGGAGGAAGAAUUGCUUCACAGGCAAGCUCUAGCUAUGGCUAUUCAGCAGCAUCAGCUCUCUCAGAGAUUCGAUAGUAAUAAUAAUGGUUCCAUGUCUCGUCGCAUUGGAUCCACCUCCUCCCGCCGCCGCGGCGCCGCCGCCGCCACUUCUUCCGAUCCUUUCUCUCCUAGUACUAAUGCUAAACAGUUGCCAGAGUUUUUGGAGAAUAUCAAGACGAAGAAAUUUGUUUUAGUGCACGGUGAAGGGUUCGGAGCUUGGUGUUGGUAUAAAAGUAUUGCUCUAUUAGAGGAAAGCGGUUUACUUCCGAUUGCAUUGGAUCUAUCGGGAUCCGGAAUUGACCUAACCGAUAUAAAAGAUGUCAAUACAUUGGCUGACUACUCAAAACCAUUGGUCGAUUUUCUGCAGAAAUUACCGGAGGAUGAUAAGGUAAUAUUGGUUGGUCACAGUAGUGGGGGUGCUUGCGUUUCGUACGCGUUGGAGCAUUUUCCUGAGAAGAUUUCGAAAGCUGUUUAUCUUUGUGCUACGAUGGUAUCCGAUGGGCAGAAACCUUUCGAUGUGUUUGCUGAAGAGCUUGGUUCUGCAGAACUUUUUUCACCAGAAUCGAAGUCUCUAAUUUACGGAAACGGAAAAGACAAUCCUCCAACAGGAUUCAUGUUCGAGAAGCAGCAUAUGCAUGGCUUAUACUUCAAUCAAUCUCCCUCAAAGGAUGUUGCUUUAGCAAUGGUUUCAAUGAGACCAAUACCACUUGGUCCUAUGAUGGAGAAACUGUCUUUAUCAUCGGAAAAAUACGGAACCGGUAGAAGAUUCUAUAUUCAGUCUUUGGAUGACCAUGCACUUUCCCCCGACGUGCAAGAAAAGCUAGUGAGAGAAAAUCCACCCGAAGGAGUCUUCAAGAUCAAAGGCAGCGAUCAUUGCCCUUUCUUCUCGAAGCCGCAGUCUUUACAUAAAAUUUUGCUCGAUAUAGCUCAAAUUGCUUAAGUAACAAUUUCUUCCUUUAUUUUUUAUUUAUAAAGAUUUUCGGGGGAUUUCUUUGCUAUAUAGUUAACGGUGUACAAUAUUGUAUGUCAAAUCUGUUCAAUACAUAUAGAAAAAUGAUUCAGUUUCAGUAAUCUUAAUUUUCUUGCAUUUUGUUUUAAUUA